CGUUUUAACCAAACAUCCGGUUUUCUCCUUUUUGCGUUCCGGCAGGUCCCACCUUUCUUUCUAGUCCCUGGACCUGUCCAUCCGUCAGGCCCUCGUCUCUCCCACUCCUCCUCAGCGCGCGGGACUAGCGCGGGCUUCAGCGACGGGAGCCCUCGAGGGACAUGGCAACUCCGGCGGCGCCGGCCGGCGGCGCCCGAAAUGGGGCUGGCCCGGAAUGGGGAGGAUUCGAUGAAAACAUCCAGGGUGGGGGCUCAGCUGUGAUUGACAUGGAGAACAUGGAUGAUACUUCAGGUUCCAGCUUCGAGGAUAUGGGUGAGCUGCAUCAGCGCCUGCGUGAGGAAGAAGUGGAUGCUGAUGCAGCUGCCGCUGAAGAAGAGGAUGGGGAGUUUCUGGGCAUGAAGGGCUUUAAGGGACAGCUGAGCCGGCAGGUGGCUGAUCAGAUGUGGCAGGCGGGGAAGAGACAAGCCUCUAGGGCCUUCAGCUUGUACGCCAACAUCGACAUCCUGAGACCCUACUUUGAUGUGGAGCCUGCACAGGUGCGAAGCAGGCUCCUGGAGUCCAUGAUCCCCGUCAAGAUGGUCAACUUCCCUCAGAAAAUCGCAGGUGAGCUCUAUGGACCUCUCAUGCUUGUUUUCACGCUGGUGGCCAUUCUCCUCCAUGGGAUGAAGACGUCUGAUACCAUCAUCCGGGAGGGCACCCUGAUGGGCACAGCCAUUGGCACCUGCUUCGGCUACUGGUUGGGCGUCUCGUCCUUCAUUUAUUUCCUUGCCUACCUGUGCAACGCCCAGAUCACCAUGCUCCAGAUGCUGGCGCUGCUGGGCUAUGGCCUCUUUGGACACUGCAUUGUCCUGUUCAUCACCUACAACAUCCAUCUCCAUGCGCUCUUCUACCUCUUCUGGCUGCUAGUGGGUGGACUGUCCACCCUGCGCAUGGUGGCAGUGUUGGUGUCACGGACUGUGGGCCCCACACAGCGGCUGCUCCUCUGUGGCACCCUGGCGACCCUGCACAUGCUCUUCCUGCUCUAUCUGCAUUUUGCCUACCACAAGGUGGUAGAGGGGAUCCUGGACACACUGGAGGGCCCCAAUAUCCCACCCAUGCAGAGGGUACCCAGAGACAUCCCUGCUGCACUCCCUGCUGUUAGGCUUCCCACCACCGUGCUCAAUGCCACAGCCAAGGCUGUCGCGAUGACCCUACAGUCACACUGACCCCACCUGAAAUCUGUGGCCAGCCCCUUUGCCCCCAGCUGUGAUGCGGAGGAAGAUUAAAGGACAGUACUGAUGCCAUGUGUCUCUUUGAUGGGGUCUGCAGCUGCCACAGAGCUGUAGCCAACUCGAGCACCUCCCUGAUGCCUGUCGGGCUUCUGAAGAGCAUAAGGCCAGGAGCUCCUGGCCAGGACUGCAGGGCCCUGCAGCCAGUGCAGAAAGUGGGUCAGCUCAUCUGAGGCCCUCUCACCACCCACCCCUUCCUUCCUCUUUAUCUCUCCCACAUUGUCUUGCUAAAUAUAAACUUGGUAAUUAAAAUAUUGAUUGAAGUCUGGAA